UCUUGCAGUCGGCUCGCUGUGCAUGGAAGACGUAAUAAGCAGUGAGCGCGAACGCGCCGUCGCACACCGUAUGAUUUCCGAAUCAGACAGGGCGAAAUGGCCGUACAUCACGAUGAACGGCGCCGGUCGGUUGGAUGAUGGGCACGUCUUCAUCGGCACCACAGAAGCAGGGGCUCGACCCCUGACACUGAAGCACUUCACCUUCUCCGACUCUCGCGAACCAUCCGUUCACUGUCUUUGCCACUCCCUAUCCGUGGACGGCAAGCUGCUCGCGGCAUCGUUCAAUGCUGGCGACAUCCUCGUGUGGCGGCUCUCCGACGGUCUCUUGGUUCAAUGCCUACAACAUCAGGGUCAUACAGACAAGGUUGUAUCCUUGUCAUUUUCUCCCAAUAAUCGCACCCUUAUCUCGGGAUCCGAAGAUGAGAGUGCAAUCGUCUGGGACGUUCGGAGCGGUCGCGCACUUCUACGUCUGGAAGGACACAUUGGCUCAGUUUCAACUGUCGCAUAUGCCCCUCAUGGCACAUUCGUCGCCACCGCUUCACACGGCGGCACAUCUGUGAAGAUCUGGGACGCCUCGACCGGGGCUUAUCUGUACUCGUUCAGCGCCAGUGGACGAAAAUCCGAGCUCGCCUUCUCUGCGGACGGCUCGCGCCUCUACAUUGAGCUGCACAGGUCUUGUCUCGUCUAUGACACCCGAACCUACACACACGUUACUACACUACAGCAAGGUUCAGACGAACAGCGUUCCUGGGCGACGUCUCUCCAAGGAGACCGCAUGGUUGCCGCAUCACGUGGUCAAGUGAAGAUCCGCAGUGAGGCGACCGGUAAUCAGAUUCUUACGAUCGACCACCCGCAAAAGAUCGGGUUCUCGGAGCCCGUAGCUACGGUUGCCGAGCAGCACAGGGUGGUAAGCACGGUUUUUUUCUUGAAGAAACCCGGCCAAAAUUGGGAAAACAAGAACCAAUUGUUCCCCGGUUGUACAUUGGGGUAAAUUGGUGCAUAAAUUGGUGCAAAAUCGGCCAAAAGAGGCUGAAACGCGCAAAACUAGUGGAAAAGGAAGUUUUGUCUCCAAGUUUUCUCGAAUGAAAACCGGUUAAACACAGGUUCUUGUUCGCCUAGCUUUUGGCUGGUUAUG